AUGACCAAGAUCGCCCUCAUCAAAGGCAGUACACGAACCCCAUCAGUGGGCACCGACAUAACGGACUGGGUCCACAACGUACUACAGGCCCAAACCACAGACACUCUCCAAAUUGAACGACUCGACAUCGCCGACUUCAACCUCCCGGUUUACGAUGAACCCGUCGUACCUGCGAUGGUCCCCGCCCUAAAACAAUUCACCAAAGAGCACUCGAAGAAAUGGAGUGCAGCCAUCGCUUCCUUCCAGGGAUACAUCUUCGUCAUACCGGAGUAUAAUCUUGGUCUUGCAGGCGGAACGAAGAAUGCAAUUGAUUAUUUGUACAGCGAAUGGCCAGGGAAGCCCGUUGCGAUCAUCAGUUAUGGUGCGCAGGGCGGGAGCAACGCCUCCGAGCAGCUUAGUGAGAGUUUGAGAGUGGUCAUGAAGAUGGAGGUAAUGGCUACUAAAGUCUUAUUGCCGUUAUCUCCGGGGUCGGAUAUGCUUUCUGCGGUUAAUGAGGGUGCUUUGGGGGAAGAUUCACGAAAGGCCUGGGAAGCAGAUGGGAAGAAGGAGCAGGUGCUUCAGGCGUGGAAGGAGUUGAAGGAUGCUCUUGAGCAGCCCAAGUAG